CCAGUCGGAGGCUGUCAGUCUGGAUCUUGGCAAGUGGAUGGGACCAUCCUAAGGCACAGAAGAGGAAACGGUGAUGAGCUGCUGAGAGGUAGAGCAACUGUGAAGUGGUAACACAGCAAGCCUGUGUUAGUGCCAAGGAAGAUCAGAACAGAAGGAAGGCUGGAACCCCAUGGAUGCCAUGGUCACAUACCUGGAUUCACUGAGGGAACUUGUGGAGACUCAUGGCUAUGAUUCCUGGAGCUUUCAGUCUGGUCAGGUGAUGAGCUUUUCUCACAAGGCACAGAGGAAGUGUGACAUCAAGCUGACCAGAGGUAGUGGUCGGAGACCCGUUGUGAAGAAGUUGGGAUAUGGACUGGCUGGACUUUGAGGAAAUUCAGCUGUGCAAGAUAUGUGUGCUCUGGAAUACCACAGAUGAAUGUCUUUUGCCUGUGACUCCUUCAUCACUGCAGAGCAGCAAAUCUUCCCAUCAGGCACUGACUGGGUCAGCUCAAGAAUAUUUGCUAAGGUGUUUCUUUGCAAGUACCCCUCUGCCUGCGUGUGUGUUAUAUUCUUGGACUCUGUGAGUAGAGACAGCCUUGUCUUCCUAGUGCAUCAUGGCUUCAACUUCAAGAGAUCUUGCUGCCGGGAGGGAUCCCCACCCAAAGAUGAAGCCUGCAAAGCUGCUUGAGGUUCUGAAUGCUCUCGAGGAGGAGUCGUCUAGCAAUGGCAGAGAGGAGAUUUUCAUCGCACCGCCUGAUAAUGCCUCAGGGGAAUUCACUGAUGAGGACUCAGGUGAAGAAGAUGGUCAGCGAGGUGCUCACCUGCCUGGCAGUGUGCUGCAUGCUUCAGUCCUGUCUGAGGAGUCUGGCACCGAGGAGGAUAAUGACGACUUGGAGCUGCAGCCGGCCAAGAAGAGGCUAAAGACCAAGAAGAGGCUAAAGACCGUAGUAAAACCUCAGCGCGUUUGGACCAAAAGAGAUAUUCAACCGGAUUUUGGCAGUUGGACAGCAUCAGAUCCUCAUAUGGAGGACCUCAAAAGCCAGGAACUAAGUCCUGUGGGCCUCUUUGAGUUAUUUUUUGAUGAAGGAACAAUUAAUUUCAUUGUUAGUGAAACCAAUCGUUACGCUUGGCAGAAAAAUGUCAACUUGAGUCUCACAGCCCAGGAAUUGAAGUGUGUUUUGGGCAUUUUGAUUUUAAGUGGGUACAUCUCCUAUCCAAGGAGGAGAAUGUUUUGGGAAACCUCUCCUGACUCACAUCACCAUCUUGUGGCUGAUGCAAUUAGAAGGGACAGAUUUGAAUUAAUCUUCUCAUAUCUACAUUUUGCAGAUAACAACAAACUUGAUGAAAGUGAUAGAUUUGCCAAGGUCAGGCCUCUCAUAGUUCGGAUGAACUGCAAUUUCCAGAAGCAUGCACCCUUGGAAGAGUUCUACAGCUUUGGCGAAUCCAUGUGUGAGUACUUUGGGCACCGGGGCUCCAAGCAGCUACAUGCAGGAAAGCCCGCGCGGCUUGGCUAUAAGAUCUGGUGUGGGACCACCAGCAGGGGCUAUUUGGUGUGGUUUGAGCCCUCACAGGGCACACUGUUCACCAAGCCAGACAGGAGCUUGGAUCUGGGAGGCAGUAUGGUAAUAAAAUUUGUGGACGCGCUUCAGGAGCGUGGUUUCCUGCCAUACCACAUAUUUUUUGAUAAGGUUUUUACCAGUGUCAAACUGAUGUCCAUUUUGAGGAAAAAGGGGGUGAAGGCCACAGGAACUGUUCGUGAGUAUAGGACUGAGCGAUGUCCCCUCAAAGAUCCCAAGGAACUGAAAAAAAUGAAGAGGGGUUCAUUUGAUUAUAAAGUUGAUGAGAGCGAAGAGAUCAUUGUGUGCCGCUGGCAUGAUAGCAGUAUGGUCAACAUCUGCUCCAAUGCUGUGGGCAUAGAGCCCGUGAGGCUGACCAGCCGUCAGUCAGGAGCAGCUAAAACGCGGACCCAGGUCCAUCAGCCAUCACUGGUGAAACUGUAUCAGGAGAAGGUGAGGGGUGUUGGCCGGAUGGACCAGAAUAUUGCCAAGUACAAGGUGAAGAUCCGAGGCAUGAAGUGGUACUCGAGCUUCAUUGGCUAUGUUAUUGAUGCAGCCCUGAACAAUGCCUGGCAGCUGCACAGGAUCUGCUGCCAAGAUGCCCAGGUGGACCUCCUUGCCUUUCGGAGGUAUGUUGCCUGUGUGUAUCUGGAGAGCAACGCUGACACUUCCUCACAAGGGAGGCGAAGCAGGCGGCUGGAAACUGAGAGCCGCUUUGAUAUGAUUGGGCACUGGAUCAUCCACCAGGACAAGAGGACCCGAUGUGCCCUCUGCCACUCACAGACCAACACCCGGUGCGAGAAGUGCCAGAAGGGUGUCCACGCCAAGUGCUUCAGGGAGUACCAUAUCCGAUGACGUCAUGAGGCGUGCUUGUUUGCUUUUAUAAUGGAAUAUUUACAGCUAAUUACAUAUAGCGUUGGAGCACUUUUGUUUUAUUUGUGUUGGAAAAAAGACCUUAAUUUCUGAUGAGUUGGUUUUAUGUUUUCUCCCUACUCGCAUUGUAGUUAUCUUUUUUAUGGUGUUCUGCCUACAUGUAAUCGAAAUCAAUAUUUACAUU